CCAGACGCGCUGAUUAAUGAUCUAGAGCGGCUGUCUUCAGCUGCAGCAGGAGAAAGUCUGAUUCCAGUUGAAAACAGAAGCUCCCGUAGGAUGUCUAUGAUGUUGUGGCAGCUCGGACAGAGGUGUGUGAUGGAGGUGAUGGUGCUGACUGCCCUGUCCUGGGUGUCCGUGUGGGCGGAGGAGAAGAUCAUAUUUGACAGACACGCGGUUUACUGGAACAGCUCCAAUCCCAAGUUCUGGCAUGGAGAGUACAGAGUAGCAGUGAACAUCAACGACUACUUGGACAUCUACUGUCCUUACUACGAGGGUCCUCCAUCCCAUGGGCGUAUGGAGCGCUACAUUCUCUUUAUGGUCAACCUUGAAGGCUACACUUCCUGCCAACACAGGAUGCGUGGCUUUAAACGCUGGGAGUGCAACCGUCCCAGUGGUCCUGACGGACCCCUGCGCUUCUCAGAGAAGUUCCAGCUCUUCACUCCCUUUUCCCUGGGCUUCGAGUUCAGGCCUGGACACGAGUACUACUACAUCUCGUCUCCUCAUCCAAACCAUGUGGGGCGGGCAUGUCUAAAGCUGAAGGUGUAUGUCAGACCUCCAGAUGGGUCGGGAUAUGAUUCUCCAGAGCCAUUCCUGACUGAUGACAGUCCGAAUUCCAGGGCGGGGAGUGCGGUUCUGGUAGCAGCUCUGGCCUCGACGUUCCUUGGACUCUUCUUCUGGCAGUGACACGUCUCCCUCCUCUUCCUGGAGCUCCCAAACCAGGGUGAUGGGCUUGGCUGGCUGUCCCUCUAAACUCCACCACCCCUCAGGGAAGCCCUCUAUCUCCGCCUCCCUUCGCCCCUCCUUAUCCUUCCCACCUUCACUUCAAUACGACUACCUACCACCCCUCCACUGCCAGCCCCUUUCCUGGCCCAGCCACGGACACCCUUCCCAGGCAUGGCUGUGAGGGGUUCAGGUGGGAAUACCCUGUCUGGGAAGAUGCCCUUCAUCUUUAAUAUUUGACUUCUAGGUGGAACAUCACCUCUCGGCUGAAAACACAAGAGAAAAGUCUCGGCACUCAUAUCAGGGGGUCUUUUUUGAUUUAACUAUUGACUCUUUGCCACUGCAGGGGUAGAUGUAACCAUGGCUAUGAUUAAACUUGUCGUCCCAGAGCAGUCCCUAUCAUCCAAUCACAGAGGGACGCAUUAGGCGAUAGGCCUGAAUGCACAAAAAUUGGAUUUUGCUCACAUUGCCAUCCGUUCCUUUAAAACCACGAAUUGGAAGUGGUCACGCUCGCAUUGUAAUUGGAAUUCUAUACAACGUGGACCAUUUCCAGCUGCAAUGAGGAUAAGAGCAAAUGCACUGAGAGGAGGAGAGAGGGGGAAAUAAAACAAACAACGAGAGCACAAAGUUAAAUAACCAAAUUAGGAAAUGUAAUACUGCAAGUGUUGAUGUUUUCAAUGUAGAUUCAGAGGAAUUUCAUAUAAAAAUCAUUGUUUUAUUUAAAAAACGAUGUCACAAAGCAGUGACAAGUAAAACCAUAGCCUGUUUCAGUGGUAAGGAGGGAGCAGGUGGUGGGGGUGUUUUGGGUGGGUUUGUUGAGAUGUCGAUUAUGGGGUGGGGUGUGUUUUUGUCUUAUUCAUGUUUCUAAACAAAGCAUUUAUCACGGCCUGGUCUGCACAGGCGUCUCCAGCACUAUGUCGUCCGGGUCGGGUGACUUUUGGAAUCGUGGCUCUCUUGUAUGAAUGUACCACUGGCCACCCACCUCGUUGUCUUUCUGUUGACUGUGGUCACUCACAGAACCUUCUCUCGGACUGGCAGGAUGAAUGAACAGGUCUGAGAUCUGGUGGGAUGGAAGGGGUGAAGGGGGGGUGCAGGUGAGAAAAGGAGGCGACGCUCAUGUUGCAUGACCACUGUGAAUCCUACAGAUCAAACUUGUUUCUAAUGAUGAUAUAUAUUUUUUCAUGGGAAAAAAAUCGGGAAUCACCCCGUUCGCUCUUGCUCACCCAGAGACUUUUUCAAACAUCAAAGGAAAAAUUCAAACUCCUUCUUCACACCGUUUUCUCCUGUCUGGGCUUUCAGUCGUUGAUGGAUUAGCUCGGGCCGGAAAGAAAAAUGGACCCGCGGGUUGAAACUGACUGAAGAUCAGCCCUCAGAGUCCAACAAGGACCGCGACGGACAUAAACAGUGACGCCCUGGUCCCGGGUCUGAGGGUUAAAGACCAUGGCAAAUAAAGCUAGGUGUGUGUGUUUGGGGGGUAGCAUCACAGGAAACACACAUAGGCACACAGACAUAUACACAUGCACUCUUAGAAUGUUGCUGGAAGCAGUAGUGGAUUCCUGGAGGAACAGCACAAGGAACUGGGAGAGGGUGGAGGUGAAGGGAGGGUGUGUAUCAAGGCACUCCUUCACAUGAUGGGAAGUAAACAUGAAGAGUUAGCACUGUGAACAAACACACACACACACAGAUCAAUGUACAGAUAGCCACACUUACCGGUGUAUGUAGAAAUACAGAUGUAGACAGUUACAAAAACAUGGCAUGGAAACACACACACACACACACACACACACACACACACACACAUGCACACACACACACACACACACACACACACACACAUGCACACACAGGAGAAAACACAAACAAGGGGAAGUGCUUCUCUUCCCUGUUUCAUCUUAUUUUUGUAGCAUUUAAAAUCACUGUUAAUUACUCCUUUGUGGGAUGCAGUGAUGGGUUAUAGCCUGAGGAGGAUUAAAAUAAUGUGUCUUCUCUUCUUCUGUUCCACUUAUGUCGUCCUUGCAUUGUUCUUCUUCUUCUCCUUCUCUGGUUUGUGAUCCAUGGUUGGUAGUGGUAGGAUGCCUCCAGGUCUGAGCGUCAUGUACAAGUUUGUCUCCUUUUCUGUCCGUGGUGUUUUUAGUGGAAGCUGACCUCAGCCAUUAAAAAUCAGUCAAAUGCAGAAGUCAGAGCAAAGAGAGAAACACACAAAUAAAGAUUGUCUUUUUGUCUACUCAA